ACAAGUACCAGUUUUUGAUGGUGAUCCCCUGCAAUUCAGAUCCUUUAUCAAAGCAUUUGAACAAGGCAUUGAGAGCAAGACAGAUGAUAUGCAGGUUAAGCUUUAUUAUUUAGAGCAAUUCACAUCUGGGCAGCCCAGAAAGCUGGUGCAGAGCUGCAUGCAUAUGAGCCCACAAACUGCAUUCGGAGAGGCUAAAAAGCAGUUGGAGUGGAACUUCGGAAGCAAAGUGAAAGUUACAGCUGCAUUUCUGAACAAGGCAUUGGAUUGGCCAGCCCUGAAAGCAGAUGACGGCGUAGGUGUAGCAUUAAGAUCAUACACAUUUUUCCUAAGAACCAGUUAUAACACAACGGAGGACGCCGGAUAUUUGGACGAAAUGGAAAACUCCUCACACAUGAAGGUGUUCGUCUCCAAGCUGCCGUUCAGGAUGCGUGAGUCCUGGAGGAUGAAAGUGUGCAGCAUCAGAGAGGAGCAAAAACGGAGAGUGAAAUUCAGAGACCUACUGGACUUCCUGGAAAGGCAAGUGAGAGCUGCAAUGGACCCCGUCUUCUGUGAAAUUCAAAAUACAAGAGCAAAAGCCACAACACCACCAACCCCCAAGUCAAUUGGAAAAGCCAAAGGCAGCAGCUUCGCCACCUCUGUUGCUCAGGUGCCACACCAGAGUGACACGCCCAACGUUGGAAAUGCAGGCAAAAUUCAGUGCUUGUUUUGCAAUGACGGCCACAUACUUGACAAGUGCACAACAUUCAAAAAGAAACCAAACAAAGACAAAAUUACGUUUUUACAGAGCAAAGGCGUGUGCUUUGGAUGCUUAGUACAAGGUCACUUAAGCAGGAACUGUCAAGAAAGGCUGACAUGCCGCACCUGCAGUAAGAAUCAUCCAACAGUUCUGCACAUCGAACCAAAACCUCAGAACACCCCAGCCGACCAUGAAACACAAACGGUCUCCAACGCACUUGUGUCCUUGGACUCUGAAGGUGAUACUGGGGUCGGUUCUAAAGAAUGCUCGCUGUCUGUUCUACCUGUCAAAGUCAGACUAAACAAAAGCACAAAAGUAAUCGAAACAUACGCUUUCUCGGACCCAGGCAGCUCAGCCACAUUCUGUACCGAGUCAUUAAUGACUCAGCUGAACGCACCUGGACAAAAAAUGGACAUACUGCUGAAGACGAUGGGGCAGGAGAAGUAUGUGAGUAGUCAUAAGAUCUCUGGCUUGGAAGUAGCUGCCUUAAAUGACAACAAAUUCUUGAGACUGCCAGAUGUGUACACUCAAAAGUCAAUCCCUGUCACGAAAGACAACAUACCCAAAGAAGAAGACCUUAAAAAAUGGCCUUACUUACAAGAAGUGGAACUGACGCCCAUCAAUGCAAGUAUUGGACUGCUGAUUGGUGCAAACGCACCUAAAGCACUGGAACCAUGGAAAAUAGUCAACAGUGAAGGUAAUGGACCCUACGCUGUCCAGACUAGUCUUGGAUGGGUCAUCAACGGCCCACUUGGACAAGAAGAUAGCGACGACAGCGAUACAGCUUCCGUACAGGUGAAUCGCAUCUCAUUAGGAAAAUUGGAAGAAAUGUUGAUUAAGCAGUAUAAUCAAGAUUUUGUCGAACAGCACUGUGACGAACACGCUGAAUUGUCUGUGGAGGACAAACAGUUUAUGGAAAUACUGUCAAGUGUGAGCUCCAUUUACGACCCACUAGGGUUCUUAAGCCCGGUGAUACUCCCCGCAAAGCAGAUUCUGCAGCAGCUGUGCAAGUUGAAGCUGGCGUGGGAUGAGGCAAUACCACCAGAGAUGGCACAAACAUGGCAAAGGUGGGUGGAUGAUUUGAUUCUGUUACACUCAUUCAGUGUCAGAAGAUGCUUCACACCUAGUGAAUUUGGAAAUGUAGAAAUGGCACAGCUGCAUCACUUUUGUGAUGCCAGCGAAGUUGGAUUCGGUGCCGUAUCAUACUUACGGCUAACUAACAGCGAGAAGGAAGUGUGUGUUGCUUUUGUUAUAGGCAAAGCAAGGGUGGCUCCACUCAAGCACGUCACCAUACCUCGCCUGGAACUGGCUGCAGCAGUCGUUGCUGUGCGCCUGGACAAGAUGCUGUCAAAACAGUUGGAGCUCAACCUCAGUGAGUCAGUCUUUUGGUCCGACAGCAUGACCGUCCUAAAAUACAUCGCAAACACCACCACUCGCUUUAAGACCUAUGUAGCCAAUAGAGUUUCCAUCAUAAGUUCACUGUCUAAUGUCGGUCAGUGGAGACAUGUUGGCUCUAAGAUGAAUCCUGCAGACGCAGCUUCGCGAGGCAUGAAAGUUGGAGCCUUCCUGAAGUCCUCAACCUGGAUCACUGGUCCUGACUUUCUCGGAAAAACCGAGCGUGAGUGGCCAGCAAGCGUGGACAAAGCAUCGCUGCAUCCGGACGCUGACCCAGAAGUGAGAGAGGAGGUCCUUUCCUUCGCCGCACAGGCGGAAGAAGUAUGUCCCACCACUAAACUGUUGCUGCACUUCUCUAGCUGGACAAGGCUCAAGAGAGCCGUGGCAUGGAUUAUGAAACUGAAAGAAAAGCUAAGGCUAAAGAUAAAAGAAAAUGCACAAUGUGGAGAUCAAACUCCUGUCAAACAGGUAAAGAAAACAAACUACUUACCACUCACAGUCGAUGACCUGCUCUUAGCAGAGGAGGCAAUAGUGCGCUUUGUGCAAAAGAAACAUUACUCCAGCGAAUUGGCUGCACUGAAAUCAGGUGGUGUAAAGAAAUCCAGUCAACUGUACAAACUUGACCCCAUUGCCAUUGAUGAUGUAUUGAGAGUUGGUGGUAGGCUGAGCAGGUCCGCUCUACCUGUGGAAACAAAACACCCUGCAAUACUACCAAAAGAAAGUCACGUCUCAAAGCUCAUUCUUCAACAUGUACACAAUAAAGUUGGUCACAGGGGAAGAAAUCAUAUGCUCUCAACCCUACGACGAAAGUACUGGAUUCCUCAUGCAAAUGCAGCAGCCAGAAAGAUCAUCAGUGAGUGUGUGAUAUGCCUAAAGCAGCGCCAAAGACCAGGUGAGCAGAAAAUGUCUGACCUGCCUGUUGACAGAGUCACAGCUGAUGCCCCACCAUUCACACAUGUGGGCCUAGAUUAUUUUGGGCCAAUAGAAGUUAAGAAAGGCAGAAGCCUAGUUAAAAGAUAUGGAGCACUUUUUACUUGCCUAACCUGUCGCGCAGUACACCUGGAGGUGGCGCAUUCCCUCAAUACAGAUUCCUGUAUAAACGCCAUCAGGAGGUUUAUCUGCCGCAGAGGCCAAGUCAAAGAAAUCCGGACGGAUAAUGGAACCAACUUCGUCAGCACAAACCGACGUAAAAAGAUUGCUGCGUUCUGUAACUAACCAACAAGCCCUAGACGAUGAAGCCCUGCAGACAGUCUUCUGUGAAGCGGAGGCCAUACUGAACGACCGUCCAAUCACCACCUCCUCUGGCGAUCCCAAUGACAUCGAGGCCUUGACUCCAAACCACCUUCUUCAGCUGAAAGGUAAACCCAUCUUGCCACCAGGUUUAUUCAAGAAGGAUGACCUGUACGCUCGGAGACGCUGGAGGCAAGUGCAAUACAUCGCCGACCUCUUCUGGAAGAGGUGGACGACCGAGUACCUCCCUCAACUGCAAGAGCGGCAGAAGUGGAACAAAGUUCACAGAAACUUCACAGUUGGUGACAUCGUGCUCGUGGUGGAAGAGUCCGCACCCAGAGGUGCGUGGCCCAUUGGGCGCAUCACCGACACCAUGGCAGACUCCAAAGGGUGCGUUCGACGGGUCCGUGUCAAGACACAGACCAACGAGUUGGAAAAGCCCAUCACCAAGAUCUGCCUCCUGGUGGGGGUAGUUUAAGGGGCAACAGUGAAUGUUCGCCUCCAACGGAGUCAUGUUCUUGAACCUCUGACUCUACACAUCUACAGAUGCUCACUUACUGAUUUAGUCCGUGAUGCAAUAGGCGUCACAACCUUUAUGCUGAAAACAUGCACACAGUCCAUAAGCACACAGAACACAUGCACACAGACCAUUGCAUACACUUGAAGCCUUUUUUUUCCCUUUCAAGAAGAAGAAUUUUUGUUGUUUACGGACCGAAAACCAUUUGUAAAUGCACUUGAGUAUGAACUUUAAUAACAAUGCAAAAAAACCACAAAAAAGAAAAAAAAAGGAAAGCAAAUAGCAUUGAAUUGUAUGUAAGCUUACAUUUUUCACCGUACUUGUAAUGGCCAUUCACUUGUAUAUAUUGUAUAUAGAUUUAUAAUUACUUGUUGUUCAAGAAUUAGGGGCCGGAAUGUAAUGGCCGUUUCUGUUUUUUGUUAAGCUCACUUCGACCCGUGAUUUGUAUACGCCUACCUAGGCACAGGCGCAGGUGAUUUUAGGUCACGCCCACCGCUCUAGCAUAGUUGGAAAGUAAUGUCGGGCGGCGUGGCAUGUUUUGGGCAAGAUAAAAAGAUUUUACCACACACCUAAUACAAGCAUUUUGGAUUAUGGAAAUAGAAAACAUUUGUUAGAACUUCAUGCAAAGAAGACCAUUGGAAUAAACAGAACUCUAUUUUGGAAA